UCUACUGAUGCUACUUUGAUUUUGCAGUGCCCUCUUCCCUGAUGUGGUGAACUGCAUGCAAACAGAUAACCUGGAGCUAAAGAAGCUGGUGUACCUGUACCUAAUGAAUUAUGCCAAGAGUCAGCCUGAUAUGGCCAUCAUGGCUGUCAACACCUUUGUGAAGGACUGUGAGGACCCCAACCCCCUCAUCCGGGCCCUGGCUGUAAGGACCAUGGGCUGCAUUCGAGUUGACAAGAUCACAGAGUACUUGUGUGAACCACUCCGAAAGUGCCUGAAGGAUGAAGAUCCAUAUGUGCGCAAGACAGCGGCUGUGUGUGUAGCCAAGCUCCAUGACAUCAAUGCCCAGCUGGUAGAAGACCAGGGUUUCCUGGAUACACUUAAAGACCUCAUCUCUGACUCUAACCCCAUGGUGGUGGCAAAUGCAGUGGCUGCCCUCUCAGAGAUUGCGGAGUCUCACCCCAGUAGCAACCUGCUUGACUUGAACCCACAGUCCAUCAACAAGCUGCUGACAGCCCUUAAUGAAUGCACUGAGUGGGGCCAGAUCUUCAUUCUGGACUGUCUGGCCAACUACAUGCCCAAGGAUGACCGUGAGGCACAGAGCAUCUGUGAAAGGGUCACUCCUAGGCUCUCCCAUGCCAACUCUGCUGUGGUGCUGUCUGCUGUGAAGGUGUUAAUGAAGUUCAUGGAGAUGUUGUCCAAGGACCUGGACUACUAUGGCACACUGCUCAAGAAGCUAGCACCUCCUCUGGUCACACUGCUGUCAGCAGAGCCAGAGCUGCAGUAUGUGGCUCUGCGCAACAUCAACCUCAUCGUGCAGAAAAGGUAUUGGCGGAACUCAAAGAGUAUGCUACAGAAGUAGAUGUGGAUUUUGUACGGAAGGCAGUGCGUGCCAUCGGUCGCUGUGCCAUCAAGGUGGAGCAAUCUGCAGAGCGCUGUGUGAGCACAUUGCUUGAUCUCAUCCAGACCAAGGUCAACUAUGUAGUCCAGGAAGCCAUUGUGGUCAUUAAGGACAUCUUCCGCAAGUACCCCAACAAGUAUGAGAGCGUGAUAGCCACACUGUGUGAGAACCUAGACUCCCUGGAUGAGCCUGAGGCCCGGGCUGCUAUGAUCUGGAUAGUGGGCGAGUAUGCUGAGCGGAUUGACAAUGCAGAUGAGCUGCUGGAGAGCUUCCUUGAAGGUUUUCAUGAUGAGAGCACCCAGGUCCAGCUACAGCUACUGACAGCCAUUGUGAAGCUCUUCCUGAAGAAGCCAACAGAGACUCAGGAGCUGGUGCAACAGGUCCUCAGUUUGGCCACUCAGGACUCAGACAACCCAGACCUUCGGGAUCGUGGCUACAUCUACUGGCGCCUGCUCUCCACCGACCCUGUGGCUGCCAAAGAGGUGGUGCUGGCUGAGAAGCCCCUCAUCUCAGAGGAAACAGACCUUAUUGAGCCUACACUACUAGAUGAGCUCAUCUGCUACAUUGGCACACUGGCUUCUGUCUACCACAAGCCACCCAGUGCCUUUGUGGAGGGUGGUCGAGGAGUGGUGCAUAAGAGCCUGCCACCCCGCACUGCCUCGAGCGAGAGCACAGAGAGCCCUGAGACAGCCCCUGCUGGAGCACCUUCUGGUGAUCAGCCUGAUGUCAUCCCUGCCCAGGGUGACCUGUUAGGUGACCUCCUCAACCUGGACCUUGGGCCUCCAGUGAGCGCCCCACCUUUAGCUGCCUCCUCAGUGCAAAUGGGAGCUGUGGACCUUCUUGGUGGUGGCCUCGACAGCCUGAUUGGAGACAGCAACUUUGGGGCACCUCCAGCAGCAGUGACAACAGCAGCAGCACCAGCCAGACUUGGAGCACCCGUCAGCAGUGGCUUAAGUGAUCUCUUUGACCUGACCAGUGGUGUGGGCACCCUUUCAGGAUCCUAUGUAGCUCCCAAAACAGUCUGGCUCCCUGCCAUAAAGGCCAAAGGUCUAGAGAUCUCUGGCACCUUCACCCGCCAGGUUGGCUCCAUCUCCAUGGACCUGCAGCUGACUAACAAGGCCCUGCAGGUCAUGACAGAUUUCGCCAUCCAGUUCAAUCGCAACAGCUUUGGCUUGGCCCCUGCUGCACCACUCCAGGUGCAUGCGCCGCUCAGUCCCAACCAGACUGUGGAGCUCUCCCUGCCUCUCAACACAGUGGGCUCAGUCAUGAAGAUGGAGCCUCUGAACAAUCUUCAGGUGGCUGUGAAGAACAACAUUGAUGUCUUCUACUUCAGCACCUUAUACCCACUGCAUGUCCUCUUUGUGGAGGAUGGGAAGAUGGACCGGCAGAUGUUCUUGGCCACAUGGAAAGACAUUCCCAACGAGAAUGAAGCCCAGUUCCAGAUCAGAGACUGUCCACUCAACACAGAGGCUGCAAGCAACAAGCUGCAGAGCAGUAACAUCUUCACUGUGGCCAAGAGGAGCGUGGAGGGCCAGGACAUGCUCUACCAGUCUCUGAAGUUGACCAACGGCAUCUGGGUACUGGCGGAGCUACGGAUCCAGCCAGGCAACCCCAGCUUGACGGACUUGGAGCUGUCCCUGAAGUGUCGAGCACCAGAGGUGUCCCAGCAUGUAUACCAGGCCUACGAGACAAUCCUCAAGAACUGAAGUCCCUCCAGCAUCCACCCAGCCUUCUGCCAGCCCUAUCAUGGAGCCCCUGUGUGUGGCAGUACCUCCUCCUCUAUUUGGGGAAAGGCCAGGUGGGCUCCUGACCAUCCAGGAGGCUCCCCCAUCCUAAUUGAGGGCCCAGAGCAGGUCCAUGCCCCCUCCUGGAGUGAAAUCUCUGUGCAUCUCCAGUGGCUGUUUUCCAUUGCUGUUGAUGCGGGAUCAAAAGAAACGGAACCAGCACAGCAGCAGAAGCUGAACAGGAGACCACAGGGUGCUCUUCCUUCUCCCUUUGCCUGGGGGUGAGCAUGGAACUCCCCUUGGGGUCCCAGCCCAUAAUCCUUGCCUUGUCUCCCCACCAAGCCUGUCCUGGGUAGAGUCUGGGUGCCAAUAUUACUGCUCCAUCACAGUCUUGAGACUCUGGGGGCUAGAUGUGGUGAUGGGCAGAGAUGGGCCAGCACCAUCCACCCCGUGUACACCAGUUGGUGCUCUGUGACUGCCUGUGUGGUCCAGAGCCAUCUGGAAUUCUGUCCCCUCAUGCCCUGGAGGAUGGUCACUGCCUACAAAACAUUCCUUGGUGUCCCCUCUGAGGGUCCAGGGCUCUUAGGACAGAAAUAGGGUGAAAGGUGGAGCAAGCAGCAGUGGAAAUGCUCCCAAUAUAGGGCUCCUGUGGGUUCUCUAGCAUCCGCUGCCCUCUCCUGGCUCCCCAGCCCCAGUGUGUAUAACAGUGAUAGGUUUUCCCGUCACUGCUGUUUGAUAAUAAAGAGAUUCUGCUUUUGGCAGUCACGCACACUUCUUUCCCUCUACAAAGAAAGACCAGCCUAAGAAAUUGCUCCUGGGUGGUUGGGGAUAACAUCUGACCCCUGCAGUGAUUAUAGCUAAUACGUAUAAAUAGAAAAUAUAUAUUGUAUGUUUACUCUUAUUUUCAAAAAGAGAAAACGAAUAAAAAUGAUGACAUUAA